CAGUUUCGUUAGAUUACACAUUACACAUUAUUUUCUGUCGAAGCUGUUAGUUUUGAUAUAGUACUGAUAUUGAUUAUGCAAAAAUGUCGUACAAUAGAGGAAGUAUCGACGAAAGAACAUCAUUGUUGAGUAGGAACGUGACUUCCAGAUUCGAUUUGAAGCAGCUUCUUCUACGAAGGAUACCGAUCCUGGCAUGGCUGCCUCGAUAUAGUUUGUCGAAACUUCUGCACGAUGUUUUGGCAGGAUUGACCGUUGGUUUGACUGCUAUACCACAGGGUAUAGCUUACGCAAUUGUGGCCGGACUUCCAGCUCAGUACGGCCUCUACAGCAGUUUCAUGGGAUGCUUGGUUUACUUGGUGUUCGGUAGCUGCAAGGACAUCACUGUGGGUCCUACGGCAAUAAUGGCAUUACUGUCGCAAAAUCAUGUUAUAAGACUGGGAGAUGAUAUCGCGGUGCUUCUAUGUUUCCUGACAGGCUGCGUGAUUACGUUUAUGGGAUUGUUCCGCUUGGGAUUUCUUGUGCAGUUUGUUAGCAUGCCAGUGAUCUCUGGAUUUACUAACGCAGCUGCAAUAAUAAUUGGAACAUCUCAGUUGGGCACGUUGCUUGGUUUGAGUGGCAGAAGCGAUUCCUUUAUCGAUGCAGUUACCAAAGUUGUCAAUCACGUAAAUGAAGUUACUUUCUGGGACCCGAUAUUAGGAGUCUGUUCGAUGAUCUUACUCGUUUGUCUUAAAAAAUUACCUGCAAAGAAAAGCGGCACGGCGUUGCAAAAAUUCAUGUGGGUAACAUCGUUGGCGAGGAACGCUGUAGUCGUCAUUGUUGGAAUAAUAUUAAGCUAUUCGUUAUACUCUUACGGUAUUAAACCCUUUAAAAUUACUGGACAUAUAACGGAAGGUUUACCGCCGUUCUCUCCGCCACCAUUUUCUCUUGUGAAAGGAAACCAUACGUAUAACUUUGAGGAGUUAAUUGGCGAACUCGGAAGCACUGUCAUUUCAGUCCCGCUGAUUGCCAUUUUGGAGAGCAUUGCCAUUGCUAAAGCUUUUGCCAAAGGGAAGACCGUUGAUGCUAAUCAAGAGAUGCUGGCUUUGGGACUGUGCAACCUUUUCGGCAGCUUUUCUCGAUCAAUGCCAACCACAGGAAGCUUCACAAGGACCGCCGUAAACAACGCUUCGGGUGUAAAAACACCGAUGGGCGGUGUAAUUACUGGAUGCCUGGUGCUUUUAGCGUGCGGCCUUCUGACCUCGACUUUCCAAUUCAUCCCGAAGGCAACACUCGCUGCAGUCAUUAUAGUCGCCAUGUACUACAUGCUUGAACUUCAUAUUUUCACCGUACUUUGGAGAACGAAAAAGACCGAUUUGAUACCUUUGACGGUGACUUUGUUGAGCUGCUUGGCAAUUGGUCCAGAAUACGGCAUGAUUGCCGGGAUCGCGGUAAAUCUAAUUCUCCUGCUCUAUUUCGCGGCCAGACCUGGAUUAUUGAUCGAGGAGCGUGUUGUCGAUGGGCUGACGAUUCUGUUUGUAUCGCCGAAACAAUCGUUGAGCUACCCAGCUGCGGAAUAUCUUCGUGAACGGGUGAUGUCGUGGUGUGAUGCCAGAGUAGGAACUAUUCCCGUGGUAGUGGAAGGUCGUCACGUGCUUAGAAUCGAUGCAACCGUCGCCAAGAACCUCGCUUUGCUGCUGGCCGACUUGGAAACCAGGGACCAGAAGCUGGUGUUCUGGAAUUGGUGCGAGGAAGCCAAGAGAACUUUGAUAAGCUACGACGCUUCUCUCACGAUGUCCUUCAGAAGUUCCGGCAGCAUAGCUCAAAUAUUUUCAGGUAGAAUCGCGUCACCUCAUGUUCCACGCGAGUGAAAUUUUGAAUCUAACGAAUUCACGGGACACUUGCCUCUGAAAUCUUCCUAAGCUUCGUUUAACGAGAGCUGCUCUUCUCUUUUCAACCUGUUCGCGUUUAACGAAGCCUCGCGAAACGCUGAACGUAUUUUAUUUAACGAUGGAACACGCCUCGGCUAAGAUUAGUUCUUCGUGCAACUUCAGUCGCCUUCAAUUUGCCUUUCGAUGCACCAACAUCUAUUGAAAUUCCACGAACCGCGCCGAAAGUGUCAUUUCAAACAGCAUCUCGACCAAUCGUUUUAUGAAAAGAUGAUCAAGAGAUCGUGCUUCUCGUUAUUCGAUGAAAAAUCCGAUGGAAUAAAGGCGCCACGUUUUUAUAUGUAUGUAAAAAGAGGAAACGUAUUUAAUCAUUCGUAUGAAGAAAUAAUUUUCUUUAUCGCGAAACAUUUGUACAGAAUUUGGCUUGACCGAACGCGUUAUUUAAAUAUUUUUAAUUGUUUUCUGUAAAAUAUUCGAUUGCGAUGACGAAUUAAAUGGUGUUAGAUCCAAGUAUCCAUACAUAGUUAUAUCGUAAUAUUUACAGUACUGUAAAAUUGACUUGUUUUCUUUUUCUAUUUAACGAUAGAGAUAGAAUAUGAGAGAGGUAUUUAAUCUGACAUUGGCUUACGAAAGAAGACGAAUAAGUCUGAUAACGUUUGCUUUAAGAAAAUUACCUGCACAUAUAUUAAAAUUAAUUUCGCAAAUGGUUACUUAAUUAUUCCGUGGAAAAAUAGUGAAAAUUUCUGCCACAUUUCGUAAAAUCAUAAUUUUAACCAUUAUUUUAAACGCUACGUUUAUUUCAAGAUAAUACACGUUUUUUAUUCUUAUCUUCCUAAUUUAUCUAAUUUUACGUUUCAGACGGGAAAACACGAACUAUAAUCAUGUUUUUCCAAUUUACAACUAGAUAUAAUCUUUUUCAAUUUUCCUUCAAUUAUUGUGAAAUAAUCGUGAUCGCGUGUUGUUUUGCGCUCAACCACGAUAACGAUAGAUUUUUUAAUCCUUAACUAUCAUGUGUGAAAGUUUUCCGUAGUGUAUAUUUAAAAAAUUGAACAAUUAAUACAGUUGAAUGUGUCGAAUUAAAUGUUUUACUAUUAUUCGAUAUUAGAUGAAGAGUAGAAAAUUAUUGUUUGCAGCGGAUGCAAACGAUAACGUUGCGGUAAUAUUAUUACAGGAUGGUAAUAUUAAAAUAAAAUUAUUCAUAAAGGGUACAGUUUCACUUAUAAUAGCUUUUAAGUAUUAACGUUGAAUCGUGUAAAUAUAGGAUUCAGUAUUGAAAGUAUCGAAGGAUUUCGAUUCGUUUCACCUAUAAAUAACGUUUGCGUAACCGCGCGAUGCCGAUUGACGGAAAUGCUUUGCUCGGAAAAUGAAACUUUAUUCGAAUGUUUCCAUGAAUAAUCAGCAGAAGGUUUCAUACGAGAAAUUUUCAUCGUGACUAUAUGAUUCUGAUGGAGAAUUGCGAGCAUUUACAUAUGGUUCUACUAUUUUGUAUGUACAUGUAAAAUUAAUCUUUCCAGAUGUGCAUGAGAGUAUCGGUUGAAUUGAAUCAAACGAUGAUGUCCAAUUUUAUUUGUUAUUCGGUAUGAAUUAUCGCUCAUAUAUUUGAGAACUUUAGCCGUUUUAUAACAGAAAUAUAUGUCAACAUGUUCAGAUUAAUAAUAAAUUAACAAUUUGAAGCAACA